AUCUGAAAUAUAUUUCGAUCAGUCUUUCCAUAGAUUUAUUUCCUUAAUAACGAACUGACGAAUCAAGAAAAGUUAACAGCCUUUUUCCGUCAUGAUUCUGAAUAAUUCGACAGAAAUGGCUGAAGGCGACAUGGCGAGUGAUGGAAGUUCUUUUAAUUAUUUUUCAUUCGAGGAUCGUGAAAUGAGUAUGAAACAAGGAUUUGUGAAUUUUGGCUAUCUUAGAAAUUCAACUCGCUCGGUGAAAUAUAUAUACGAUGGGCUCGAUUUCCCGAAUAACAUGAAAGGAUUUAUGUAUCGACAAGGACAGUAUAACCUGAAUAAUAGUAGAGACAAAACAGUACAAGAAGCUGGCAUCAAAUGGACUCCUCUGGACCGUCUUUCGAUUGUCGUAAACCAACUAAGGAACAAUUCGCUGUUUGUCCAGGACUACAGUGAGGAUGACUUGCUACUUGGUGCGUCCGCAAGCCCGACAGCCGGAGAAGGACCGAGUCACUCCUGUGAUAUUCCGCCAGUGGUCCUUGAUGAUUAUGAAAACGGUCCCGCCACAUCGCGCCCCUACUUGAAGCCCAUAAUUAUUGAAUCCACCAAUUACGUCGGUCUCGUCAAUCAAGCCAUGACGUGUUAUUUGAACAGCUUGCUACAGGCCCUGUACAUGACACCGGAAUUCAGAAACGCGCUGUAUAAUUGGGAAUUCGACGGAGCCAACGAGUCGCGGUCAAUACCUUACCAACUGCAGAAGCUGUUCUUGAACCUACAAACUUCUUCCAAACCUGCCAUCGAAACAACCGAUUUGACCACCAGUUUCGGAUGGCAGAACAGCGAUGCCUGGCACCAACACGACAUACAGGAACUGUGCAGAGUGAUGUUUGACGCGCUCGAGCAGAAAUUCAAAGAUACCAAACAAGCUAACCUCAUCAAUGAUCUUUAUGAAGGAAAGAUGCUCGAUUACGUCAAAUGUUUGGAGUGCGGCACAGAAAAGUCUCGAGAGGACACGUUCCUCGAUAUACCGUUACCUGUGAGACCUUUCGGUAGUGCGGUAGCUUAUAAUAGCGUGGAGGAGGCCCUCAGAGCUUUUGUUCAACCGGAAACGCUAGACGGAAACAAUCAGUAUCACUGCGAGAAAUGCAACAAGAAGUGUGACGCCCACAAAGGAUUGAAGUUCACGAAAUUCCCUUACUUGCUCACUCUUCAUAUGAAACGUUUCGAUUUCGAUUAUAACACUAUGCAUCGGAUAAAGCUCAAUGACAAGGUUGUGUUUCCUGAAAAACUAAACUUGAAUUCCUUCAUAACAGCAAACCGGUCAGAAAGUGAGCAUAUGGAAGAAAGAGAAAAUAUUGUUAAGUAUGAUGAUUGCAGUACGACCGAUUCGGGAUCAGCGGACGAUGAGAGUUGUCAGUUGACUGAUGCGUCUUCUACUGUUAAUGGACAGGAUGAUAAUUGUGCAGAUAGUGAUGAAGGAAUUGAUGUUAGUUCCGGCAAUAACCACCACGAUGAAGAAGCCAAAGGACCUUAUGUAUAUGAAUUGUUCAGUAUUAUGAUCCAUUCGGGUAGCGCCUCUGGAGGUCACUAUUACGCCUACAUAAAAGAUUUCGAUAAAAACCUCUGGUUUUGUUUCAACGAUCAAAGCGUUAGCGGGAUAACUGAAGACGAUAUUAGAAAAACAUAUGGCGGUGGAUCCCAAAGAGGGUAUUAUUCUGGGGCUUACAGCUCGAGCACAAAUGCGUACAUGCUCAUGUAUAGAUUAAUAGACAAAACGCGAAAUUGUCGGGCGAUGGCGGAGGACGAAUUUCCUCCACACAUUCAAAAGUUAUUGCAGAGCAUAAGGAAGAAAGAAGAGGAAGAUAGGAUCAACAGGGAGAAGGAGAGCGAUAAGAUGAAAAUCAGUGUUUAUUGCUGGCAUCCAACAACUAAGACGUUGAGCGAUGUAAAAAUCUCCGUUUAUAAUGAUUCAACGCUGAAUGAAGCUGCCCACAGUGCGUAUCAGCGUUUCAAUUUGUCUUCUGUGGAUAUGCAAGACUGUAGAUUAGUGACGUACAAUAAGAAACACGAUUGCAUCGACAGUAGUUUCGAAUCUGACAAAUUGAGGUUCUGUGAUAUCUUGCUGAAGAUCAAUCACGUUAAUCUGUUUACAGAUUGGAUGUUGGAAAUCAGGGAGCCAGGAACGGAAUGGGGUAGAUAUAUUGCGGGAGGCAUCAAUAUGAAGGUUUAUCCAAUCAUCUUAGAUACUGAAGAACUAGACGAACCAAAGUUGGUACGUGUAGAUGUGGAUGAUUUGGUGAAAAACUUGAAAAUCAAAGUUGCUCAACUUUUCGACUGGGAUCCAACCACCAUAGUCUUGGUAAUGGAAAUGUUCAGCAACGAACCCAAGUACUUAGAUAACGAUGAGGCAUUUGUUAAAUUUGAUGUCAACUGCAGCAGCUAUAAGUUGUAUGCAUCCAAAGCUCUUGACGAUGACCCAGAAAAGAAAACAUUUCAACAUUCGAAGAUGAAGAGGUUGAUCGAAUAUUUCGGGUAUAUCAUCAGUUUUACUGUAACUUUGCCAGAAACUGACGCAGGUACCCUGGAAAUGUUAUCUAUACCAUCCUUAGAUCUGAAUCAGAAUUUGGACAGACUAGAGUUAGGCAGCGGAGAUAGAUGCACGAACUCUCCAAAUUUAAGAGUGUCACCGCAACCAGGUACUAGUGAUGGAUUUGGUGAUCAAAGCAACAGCGAAGAUAGUAGCUUGAGUGAUAGUGACAGGACACUUGUGGGGGAGGCUCCAGGUGAAAUCCGUUUGUUGCGAAGAAGUCCAAAUUCUCCCGACGAUCAACACAUGGCAUCGCCGAGUGAUCCGUGCGAGGAUUCAUACAAUUACGAUGUACUCGGUCAUCCCGGAGAAGAAAUGAACUGGGACGAUGACGAUACCCAGCAAGAACUGCAGCGAUGCGCCAAUUACUUUUUCAAAAUCACCAGCGUUAGUGAUAAUAGCGAAACCCAAAACUCUGAAGGUUGUGUUAGUUGUUGUAGAGUAUUGGCUGACAAAAGAAUGACGUUGGAGAAGUUCAAGAAGAAUUUUGAGGUGAUCCUGAGGGUGCCCUCCGAAUAUUUCAAGAUCUACAAACGGUAUUCGAAUUCGGACGAGGAAUGGAGUUGCUUGUCCGAUACUUUGAGGUCGGCCAGGGAUGGAGAAAGAUUGAUUAUCAAAUUAGGGCGGGUGCUCAGAAAGGAUGAAGUGAAAUGUGGAAUUUAUCACCUCAAGAUGGACUCUUUGGAUGUCAACAACCAUUUAUUCGAACACAUCAUAUCCCGAGGUCAAUCGGUCGGUUCAGUUAAAAAGGAAAUUCUUCUUCUGGCGAAAAAGCAACACAUGCUCGACAUACCUUAUAACAAAUGUAGGUUGAGAGAAAAAAGUUUCAAGAAACCUAGAAAAAUAUAUUUUGAUGACCAAAAAUUCGACAAGGACAUUCACGUAUCACCUUCCAUGGAAAUGUUUCUUCAGGAACUCAACGACGUAGAUAAAGUUACCGCUAAGGAUCAGUUGGUGCUUUUCGUAAGGCAGUGGUGUCCGUCGACCUUAUCUGUGAAACCUUUUCAAGAGGUGAUUCUCGAGAGUUCUACCAUGGAGGAGUUGAAACAGAAAAUAUCUGCGUUGUCGAACAUACCUGUCGAAAAUUUAGAAGUAGCCCACAUCAAGCAGCCUCUUCCUUGCGAUUUUCAUAUUUUGGAUAUACACAGCGAAUUGGAUUGGAAUCCUAAUAUUAGAAAUUUGGAGCAGUGGCCGAUCAAUGUUGAUGACGGCACUGUAUUUUUUUUCAGAGAUAGCCGCGAAGUCUUGAAGGAAUUAACGACAGAGGAGAGGAAGGAAAUCAGCCAGAAAGAAAAUGCCCGACUGGGUAGGUUGAGCAUAAAACCAUAUUCUAAUGGAAGGGAGAGAGCCUUGAAAAUAUAUCUGGAUACGACCCCAAGUAACAUGGGAGACAACUGUAUAGACUGACAAGCCACAAAACAAUUUUACUCAUUGUUCUAUUGCGUUAUAAGUUGAUGUUUCCGAGGCUGUUUGUAAAUAAGCACAUUUCAGAGAGAAGAUCUUUUUUUUUCUAGUUACUUGUCAGGUUUGAUGUUGAAAAUCUGCCGUUUGGGUGUGACGAAAUUUGACAAAAAGGAAUACAGGUUUUGAUCUCGUGCUAAAAUCGCCGAUGAGUUUCUAGCAUACUUUUCUUGAUGAAAUCUGGAGUCGGCUUAGAAACGAUAUGUAUAUGCAUUUUGUGUUUAUACAAUAAUGAUUUAUUUUAUUCGUAAAUUUUUAUCUAUGUUAUGUGUUAUAAAUAAUCUGAAAAUUCAAAUACAACUUGAAGCCUACGAUCCAUACCAUACUUUGGAAUGGGAGUAAACUGAGAGAGGAGGUUUACGAAUCCUGUAACCGAUAGUACUGAGUACGCUCUCAUUAUUUUUUCUUGUUUUUGAACAUCUAUUCCGGAGCAUACUGCAAAUCUAUUCUCAAUACCCAACAAUUGGACUUCAAUACCUCAAAAAAUAGGUUCGUUUCGGAACUGAUUGAAAGACAAAACUGUCACGGAAUAAUUUUGAUGAAGGAUAAGGAAAAAAAAACAUUAAUUCAAAAUCUAACUGAAGCAUAACUACGUACUGUCUUUUAAGAACGCGACCACGCCGCGUCCUGAUUCGAUAUCUGCGGCAGUUUUCUACAUAAAGAAGGGGGGUCCGGGGGGCCCAACGAAAUUCAUCAGGAAUCGGUUCCGUAGCUUACGAGAUAGAGUCGCCUCCCACGUCCUAGCACCGUCUUCUCCCACUUCAAAAAUCUUAGAAUUCUUCCCUCUACGCGAACCCGUAUCGCUUUUUCUAUCUCCUAGUCUCAUGAAAGUAACUGUGAUCCGUUGUUAAUGGGUGCAACAGAGCACAGAAAAAAUCGGAACUGAAACUUGGAAAAAAAAGAAUUGAAUAUAAGUAUCAAGAUACACAUUGUGCAGUCACCGAUACAAACAAUUUUUUAAGACGCUGAAGGGUCAUAGUUCAACAAUUCAGCUCGUCGGUUAUCUAAUGGACAAAUCAAGUCGUCCAUGAGGGCUAAAUAAUUGACAGUUUAAAACAGUUGACUAUAGAUAAUCGACAGCUUGGACAAUUUUUUCUUCGAAGUUAUUGUGUAGUGACGGUUUUAUCGAGGAGCGUAAUUUUUAAAUGAGGGUGGAUUUGCUGGUAUUCUUCGGUGAUAGUGUUCAAUCGCGUUGAAUCGUUUCGAGUGCCACACUAGUGUGUACGUUCGUUACAUCGAUGAAAUUCCGUUUACAACUUGAAAACGUGGUCAAAAUGUUAUUUUUGCGGUUUUCACACCGUAUACAAGUGAGAGUUGAUUUUUCAUUUUUUUCGUUACUGCAUCGUUUUUUGUGUUUUUGUAUCAAUAUUCUAUGCUUCUUUGGCAUUGAUUGAUGUCAUAAAAAUUGUUGGUUCGAUCUUUACGGAUACCUAUAUCAUUUUGUAUUUAUUUCCUUUUUUUGGACUGGAAGAAGCUUUUUUGAAUUGGAAUCCAGGGGAAUGUGAAAGUGUUUGACAUGAAUGAUAACAUCGAAUCGAAGCCUACGAAAAAGAUGAGCUUCAGCCUUGAUGAUUAUUAAACCUUACAGUUAGAUUUUGAAGUUUUACUGCUUUUGCGAAAUUAUUAUAAUCAUAUUAUUCGUGUUGACUCUUUGUCAUUCUCCCUGAAUUUUUCUUGUAGAAUAAUAUCGACUAAAUCAAAUGUGGUGAUGAAUAUUGUAUGGAGCAGUGGCAAAUAUUGUUUAAAAAAACUGUCGAAAAAUUAAAGGAUUUGUUUGUCAAUUUUCGUUAUUCAUUUGAAAUACAUUUAUCGUGUAAAAUAA